ACAAGUAUGACCUCUGUGAACAAUCUAUAUGAUAGAAACUUAGCGGAUACACACAGUGGAAGUGUUUUACAUAUAGAUUCACAUCCUGAAGAUCAGAAAGAAAAUUAUCAUGAAACUAUUAAAAUCAUUGAUGAAAAAAUUGCUACAGCAAAUAGUGAUGUUCCAAGUUCGUCUAAAAAGCUAUGCGGGUGUUCAGCUUCAACAAUUAAGGUGAUGACUGGGAUUGUUAUCGUUAUUUUAAUUGCUAUGUCUAGCACAGGAGCUACACAAACUGGGAAGAGUGUAUUCUCAAACAAUUUUAGAGCACCAUUUUUUACUACUUGGGUUUCAACUUGUUUCAUGGCUAUAACUUAUCCUGUUUUUAUGAUUAGUUUACUCUUUAAAAAAUCAGCAUUUCGAUUACGUUCCUUCUUACAAAAAAGUGAACUAUUGUUUGGUAGCCAAGGCUUCUGCGUACAAAGACUUUUCUAUUUCUCAUUACGGUACACUUUGCCAUUUUGUGUUCUUUGGCUACUCACUAAUUAUCUCUACUAUCUAUCCCUUGAAAAACUUUUACCUGGUACAACCACUGCAGUGUUUUCUUCCUCAAGUUGUUUUGUAUACAUAUUCUCAUUGAUAUUUUUGAAAGAUAGUUUUUAUGUGAUAAGGCUUAUUAGCAUCUUAUUAUCAAUUGGUGGAAUUGUUGUUUUUAGUUACACUCUGGGAUUUGGAAGUGUAAAUACAUAUGGGAUAUUAUACAUAGUUCUUUCAUCUAUCGGAGCUGCAUCAUAUCAGGUAUCAUUUAAGCGAGUGAUCGGUUCUCCAAGCGGCUGUCAAGUUGCACUUUUUCUAACUGUUCUAGGAAGUUUAUGCUUCCUUUUGUUUUGGCCUGUUGUUCUUAUAAUUGCUUAUUACGAGUAUGAAGUAAUUGAGUUUUCCAAAAUUCCAUGGGGUUUUCUUAUUGGUACAUCAUUGUUUGGUGUGGUGUUUAACUUUCUUAUUAACUUUGGCAUUUCUUUAACGUUUCCAUUGUUUAUAUCAAUUGGAGCUUUGCUGGGAAUCCCUUUUAAUGCUGUUGUAGAUGCGCUCUUUAGAGGAAGUAAAUUUGGAAUCUAUGAAAUAGGAGCUUUUUUAUUAAUAAUAUUUGGGUUUAUAUUGAUGUUGAUUCCCAAUAAUAUAUUAGAAAAAUAUGAGAAGAAGCUUUUCUGUAAAUAUUCUUCAUUACGUCAAAGAAGAAAAACAGAUUCUUUGUCAAUGCCAGAUUAACUUUUUUGGGCCAUGUGCUGUUUUUGUUUUUUUACUUCGCUUUUAAAUUUAAAAAAUAGUGCCCUUAAAAAUAAAUGGUAUAAAAAAAAUUUAUUAACAUCAUAAAUAUAUUUGUGAGCCUAUGUUAUUCUAGCAGAUAAUUUGUGCAAGUUUUUUGUUAAAA